AUGGAGCCUCUUUUGCUUUCAAUUUGUGUCAUCGUUUUCACUCUGGUUUCCCUAUUUGUUUACAACGCAAAGUCCCAUGGAAAAUCCAAGAACCUUCCGCCUGGUAGUUUCGGGUGGCCCUUCAUCGGAGAAACCUAUGAGUUCAUCUUCUCCAACCACGAUAAGUUCAUAAGUGACAGAAUGCAAAACUACUCUUCCAAAAUAUUCAAAACCCAUCUCUACGGCCAACCCACCGUCGUCCUCUGUGGUCCUUCCGGCCACAAAUUCAUCGCUGCUAAUGAAGGAAAGCUCAUGACCGCAUGGCGCCCAACCGCCACCCGAAAGCUCUUUCAAAGUGCGAUGCCGACAGGUGACUCCAUCGUUUCACGCCAAUCCGAGAUCCAUUUGGUUCGUGCGCCUGUGUUCAUCACUCAAGAAGCUCUGGUGGCUUAUGCUUCGGUCAUGGAUGGUAUGACGAAGCAUCACUUUGAGACGCACUGGUUCGGGAAAUCACAGGUUGAGGUUUUUAGCCUUCUCGAGCUUCUCACAGUGGGCAUAGCCACAAGACUCUUCAUGGCCUCCAAGAUCUUGAUUGUGUGGCUAAGAUGGCCAAGUGGUUCGGCCACAUCGCUCAAGGCCUCCACGUUCUCCCGGACUACGUUUGGUCGGGCUAUGAAGGGGAAGAGAGCUGUGAUGAAUGAGAUUAUGAAGUUGAUAAAUGAGAAGAGAGAGAGACUGGCCAAAGGUGAGAUGCCAACCGAUAUAUUGUCGUACAUGAUGGUCAGUGCAGAUCCGAGCGGAAAGAUCAGAUGA